UUGACUCUGAGUCAGCAGAUGACCAGUGAUCGCAUCCAUCUCUACCACACUGCCAAUGAAAAACUCUGGCCUCCUGGAUCAGAGCAGCAGCUCCUGAAGCCCUGGAUCGUGGUGAACCUGGUGGUGGCUCUGCUGGUGGGUUUGGCCUGGGUGUUCAUCUCCACCCGGCCUGACAUGGACUACACCGAGGAGUUCCUGAUGGCGAUGGAGGUGGAGGAUUACAGACAUGAUGACAGGCUGGAUAUCCCAACCUGAGGUCAUCACUGAAGACCAUUUCAGCAUUCAUGUCGAAGGGACAUUUUUUGUACAGAUAACAUGUGAAUAGAUUAUAGCUGUGGGUAUUUUUAUAUUAAGAGAAAUAAAGUCAGUCGUGGACAUUUUUUGGUUUGUCUGUCAGUGUUUGGAGUGUAACCUCACACUGUGGGAGAGCUACCCAAGCUGAAGGCUGAACCACUUGGAGCACUGAACGAACAAAACCAGUGAACGAAGGACUGAACAAAUGUUUAACUGCAGAUUAUAGAGUUUCAUUAAAAAAUGAUAUGUUGUCGGGCAGGUUAGCCCUCAUCGUAAAAA